AUGACAAUGGACGUCCAUCAGCACAGAAACGUGACGACGGCCGCGUCCUCGUCGCCGCCGUCGCGGUACUCACCGCCAGUGGCCACCGGAAUUGCGCAACCGGUGCAGACUUCGUUGCCCACGGCCGUGGUCGCUCUGCACCAGCGGCCACAGAAGCGGAGUUUCGACGUGGCGUUCCUAAUGGCACCAGACGACUUGAGCAAGCGUAGACCACGGCCAAUGCAGGCGGCUCAGCCCGUCGCCCGGUCAGCGUUCACCAAAGUGUCGCCGGACCCGCCGUCAUCACUGUCACCGGCCUCGUCUCCGGCCACGCCGCCACCUGCGGAUUUUGCUGCCUACAUGCACCAUAGCCAGUUGCACCACCAACAGCAUCACAACCAGCAGCAGCAACAGCUCCUCCCACAUCACCUUCAGCCGCAGCAAGAGUGCAGUCUCAGCCCACCCCUGCCACCGGUCACGGCUCACUUUAUGUCACCGUUUCCACUUGGCUUCCGGUCACCGUUCGCGCUGAUGAUGCCACCACGGCCUCAACCCAACGCGAUCGGCUGCAAAGACUACCCGUCGCCGCUCCAACCACCACCUCCGUCACACCACCACCAUCAGCAGCAGCAGCAGCAGCAGCAACAGCAGCAACAGCACCAUCAUCACCAUCAGCUACAGUCACUUUCGUCGCCGUCGCCGCUACAGUUCGGUCAGGCGGCGGCUGCAGCAGCGGCUGUGGCGGCUCUCCCAGCCAUGCUGUUGCCAGCGUCCAUCGCCGCGGCAGCGCUCACGUUACCGUCGCAGAACGUGUGCGCCAAGUGUAACGUUAGCUUCCGCAUGACGUCUGAUCUGGUGUACCACAUGCGGUCGCACCACAAGGGUGGCGACGGAAGUGGCGGCGUCGGCGCCGGCAGUGGUGUAGGCGGCGGUGUUGGUGGCGGGGUGGGCGUGGGAGGUACGGGCGUUGGCGUGGACGCCAAGAAGCGACGGGACAUGGACAAGCUCCGGUGUCCGGUAUGCGACGAGAGCUUCCGGGAACGGCACCACCUGACGCGGCACAUGACCGCGCAUCAGGACAAGGAGGGUGACCGGCUCGAUGACGAAGACGACGCGCAUUUGCAGCAACAGCACCACCAGCCUCACCAGCACCAAGGGGCCAAAUGA